ACCUAAACAAAAAGGCCACCAAAAUUAAGUUGCAGUUUAACCAUGGCAAAACCACAACAACACUCAAAUUCAAAAGCAAAAACAAAAUAUAAUAAGAAUAAUAAGUUUUCAAAUAAGCUCAAACCCAUCUCAAAAUCAUCCAAAAAGAUUAAAAAAACCAAACCCAAACAACAGCAGCUUCCGCCGCCGCCACCAGGAUCACCACCACCGGCACUGUUGACCACCGCUUCACAGCAGCUUGACUUUUUCAUUCAACAGUAUCAAUCGUCUAAUGGGUUUCAACUUUCCUCUCUUGAACUUGAAUCUUUUUCAGAGGCAUGUAUUGUCAAACUAUCUGAUAGUGUACCUCAGGAUGUCAGUAAUUUAAGUGAACACAUGAAGUCUUCCUUUGGAUCAUCUUGGAAAGAAGCCUUGUGUAAAAAGCAGAUUCCUGGGAAAAGUUCUGUACCUGGGAGUCCCGCACUACUUACGAUUAGUUUAUCAGCACUAAGAUCGCUAGAAAUUCUCAGGAGUUUGAAGCCUUUCACUAAAGAAUGCCAUGCCGCAAAACUUUUUGCUAAGCAUUUGAAGAUUGAAGAUCAGGUUUCUUGCUUGACGAAUCACGUUAAUGUUGCUUGUGGUACACCUAGCAGGAUCAAAAAGUUGAUUGACAUGGAAGCGUUGGGACUGUCACGAUUAUCUGUUAUUGUGCUUGAUAUGUAUACAGAUGUCAAGGGAUUCACUCUUUUUAACAUCCCUCAAAUCAGGGAUGAAUUCUGGGAAUUGUACACAACUCAUUUUCAUCAACGGAUCCUAGAUGGCACUCUUCGAAUCUGUCUAUAUGGUCCCAUUGAUGCUAACAAAUUCAAAGCAAAGAAGGGAAAAACGGAUGCAAAUGAGUGAGCAGUGCUCUUUAUAUUUGGUGAAGCUCAAAAAGCUGCAUAGACAUCGAAGGUUUCAUGAAUGUCACAAGAAAGCAAAGCAGAUGUUGUGCACACUCAAAGAAGACCAGAGAACUUGAAAAUAGAGGUCGGAAUCUGAAAAUCAAAAAAAUAAAAAAGAUUGAAAAAGUAAUGGUUCUUGACAGCAUUAGUUUAUGAUAUUAUGUUGUUUUAGUGCAAGUAUAUUUUGGUUUGGAAUAUGUUAUAUUCUCCACCAUAUCCUAAUUAAAGCUGUAUUACUGUGUGUUUUGUCACGUAUGAGAAAGUAGGAUUUUGCUUAUUA